CGGAGCCCCCGGGUCUCCAUGGUGACCGGCGGGGGGGGGGCUCCGGUGUGAGGGACGCCGCAAAUUGGUGGAAAAAUGAGGUUGUGGAGGCGUGUGUGGGCCUGGUGGUGGUCCGGGUUUUUAGCCAGUGCGUCUGCAGCACCUAGGUUUGCUUUGUUGCUGCCCCCUGCCUCAGGAGGAGGAACAGAAAGUGGGGAUGUGCUGAAGUGGGGGUACGUCACCCCAGCUUCCAGACACACCAAGGGGAGAUUGGAUCCUGGACAAGGCGUAUCGAAUGUAAGCAGCAGGUCUCUCUUGAUUGGCAAGUUACUUGACAAGGCUGAGAAGCAAGAGAAUGGAAAGGAUCGGCAUCCCAAACAGGGAUAUCGCUAUACAGAAUUUUCACAGCCAGAAUUCUACUUGAGGCGUCCUGCUGGUUCUUCUGUGCUGCUAACGAUCCUCCCGAGUAGGAAGAGGCGCAAGGUUAUUUGGCGGUUUCUGAGCCACGAGUAUGAUCUGAUCAUCCUGGAACAUGUGGCUUACAGUAACAUUGUGUCAUUCAAUUCCUACUUCAGACACCGGGUCAAAUAUGAUUUAAAGACUGGCUCUCUUUUAAUUAAUAGAUUGGAAGUAGAAGAUAGUGGCCUAUUUGAAGUGAUAUUAAGUGAACUCUUGGUCACCAACACAAUUCAAUCCAAAUAUGUCCAUUUUCACUUGGAAGUGCAGGAUCAGUUGCUAACCCCACUGAUCUUCCAGGUCCCCAACUAUGUCUUAGAUCGUGUUCGGCUGAGCUGCGUUGUGAAAACUGGCAAAGCAACUGACAUCGAAUGGCUGAAAGAUGGUGUGCAAUUGAAGAACCAUUCACAUUACAGAGUAGGAUUAGAUGGUACUUCGCUAUUCAUUGAUAAUUUGGAAGUCUCGGACUGUGGCUUGUAUACCUGCAGAAUAACCAAUGACGUCAGCAAAAACCAAAACACUCACUUUGUCACUGCAAACGGUAUUCUGUUGAUUAUUUUCUAUGCAUAUCUGAUGUCGGUCGUUGCUCUGGUCAGUAAUUCCACCUCCUUCAUCGCAGCUAUAAUGAUCACCUUCAUCAUCAUCAGGAAUACACAAGUUGAGAAGUACCGGAGAGAAUUUACCACCAUCUUUCUGACCUUUCAGCUUCUAUCGUUUAUCUGCCUGCUCAUUGCAAGUCUUCUCUGUGUAUGUGAUUCAGGAUUCGCACCAUUGUUCAGAAUCAUUGCAGGGUUUGGUUGUGUCUUCAGUGUAACGAUGAUCAUCUAUGUUGCUGUACUCUUCCUAAAUCCAGAAACCGAGGAGUCUUCCAUAUUCGUAUUCAAUAACUAUCAUCGUUGUACCAUGUAUCUACUGGGCCCGGUUUCUGUGCUGGUUCCAUCUGUGUUACUCUACAACACUGUACACAUUGUUCUUCUAGAGUUUGAGCCUCGAGUAAAAUUGAAGCACAUCAAACGAGCAAGAUAAUCUCACUGAGGUUGUGAUGAAUGCAGCCAAGAGUUCCAGGUUCCAGCAGGAUGCCAACGAGCUUUGUGAGUGUGUCCUGUGCCCUCUUCCUCUCAUUUACAUGGACUGCUGAGCCUCCACCAAAGUUGGUCAGAGAAAUCACAACUCAGCCACAGAAAACAGCAGUUUAUGACUAUAAACAUCCUUACAAAGACCUCCAGGCAAAGACUACACUGGACUCUGGUAACGUAAUGUAAAACGGGGAAGUACUUGACACGCAUGUAACAUUGGACAUUAAGUUGUGAAAGCACAGUUGAAACUGUUGGAUUUACCUACAUGCCCCUAUUGUUCAUUAAAUGAGGCUUCAGCUCUG